AUGCUUGAAUUGUUCCCCACAGCAUCGGCCCUGGCCGCCUUGGCGCUGGCAAUUGUUUAUGCAGCUGUGAACAUGAAGCCGCGGGACGGAGGGAUUGCGACACUCCCUGGCCCUAUGUCCUCCUCCUGGCUUUACGGAAAUAUGCGGGAGUUGCUCUUGUCUACGCAAUAUGGCGCUUUCGAGUUCGCGUGGCAGAAGACGUUUGGGCCAGUCUACAGGGUCAAGGCAUGCUUCGGGCGACAACGUGUCCUUCUGGCCGAUCCACAAGCCAUGGCCCACGUCUUGUCGAGCCCUGACUUCGAGCACACGCCUACAUUCGAGCAUACCACGGCACUGGUGGAGGGAGUCUUAAGCUUAAGCUAUGUGCAAGGCGGACAACAUGAACGCAUCCGCGGAGCUAUGGGCCCUGGCUUUACACCAGAGGCAGUCCAGGGGUACAAGCCCGCAUUGGAUCACGUCGCUUCAGAUCUGGUCGAUGCCCUCCGGAAACUGUCAACCGUUGAUAGUUCGCUCGGCGCCGACGUCUGUCCCUCUCUCUCCACUGCAACCCUGGGUGCCGUCUGCCGUGGCGUACUGGGAAUCAGCGUGCAAGACCUCGGUCCCGACUUGCUAAGGACGAUGGCCGAAAUGAGUGCUUUUGCUUCAAAGACAUCACCGGCAAAGCUCCUCAGCGAUGCCCUCGCCUCACCCGCAUUGCUGCCUCUCACGUCCCGUCUGCCAAAGCCACCGUUCAGCAUUCUCCGGCGUCUCCGGCAGCUGUCCACCGCGCUGGGUCAGCGUGUGGUCGUCUCGCAGGUCAACGGCCAAGGCGCUGCGGUACGCAGCAACUUGAAUGUCGUUGGUUCCAUAGUAUCCGUCCAAUCAUUCGGCGAGCAGCUGUCUCUUGACGAACUUGCGGGCCAAACUGGCCGCUUCCUCAUCGCCGGAACCCAGUCUGCUACGAACGCGAUGUCAUUUGCGCUCUUCGAGCUUGCGUGCGACCCGGACUUGCAGCGGCGCAUCCGAACGGAGUUGCGCGACGGAAACGAGGACGAUGCGCCGUUGCUCACGUCUUUAAUCAAGGAAAUACUUCGCUUUUAUCCGGGCGUUGCGAUCUCAGAGCGAAUCGCCCUCCGGAACACUACAAUCCCGAUCCCUGACAGUGCCAGCCAGAUACCCAACACGACCCGACCACUGAACAUCAAGCGUGGCGAGGCCGUGUUCAUCGCCACUUCCUCUUACCAUCGGAACGUCGCAGUUUGGGGCGAUGAUGCCGACCAGUUCAAGCCCGCGCGAUGGAUGGAUGUUGACCAUGCCGCGCGACCGCUAAUGUAUGGCCCAUAUGCCAACCUGUCGACCUUCCUUACCGGCCCACGCACGUGUCUAGGAUGGCGCUUCUUACUGCUUGAACUACACACACUGCUAGCUGCUGUCGUCCGGAACUUCGAGCUUCGGCUGCCGGAUGGCGAGUCGCGGGACGCUGUCGGGAUGAAGUUGACGGGCACGCUUGGACCGGUGUGGGUCGAGAGUGGGAAGAAGGAGGUGUACUUGGUUGUGAAGGAGCUAAUGUCCGGCACUGAAUGA